GGGCUCCGAGAGCAGGCGCUUCGGACUCAUUGGCUAGGGGCGCGGGGCGGGGCUCCGGGGGCGCGCUCCGGUCUCAUUGGCUGGAGGCGCGGGGCGGGGUUCCGGUGGGCGCGCGUUGAGGCUGCGGUCAUGGAGGGAGCCGGAGCUGGAUCCGGCUUCCGGAAGGGGAGAUCAGGUCCCAGGACGGGGACAGUGAGAUCGUCCAGCCCGAGAAGCCGGCAGGACCUACGCCAGCCGCCAGGCACAGUGGUUUCCCUUUUGUUUGCUCCCCGGUGGGCGCCAGCAUUGGGCUAGGAACGCGUGGUUUCUUCGGUGCUCCACGUUACACACAUUUGACAUGGAUUAACCCCACCUGCCAGUGGAGAAACUGAGGCACGGGGGCGUUAAGUGACUCAGCAGGGCUAGGGUCAGACCUAGGCCGUCUGAGCCAGGAUCCGCCCAGGCUGGAGGGCGUGCCCUGCUCUUCCCUGUUCCUGGAAGUGGAGCUCUCUGGGGGUGCCAUGUGCAGAGGACCCCAUCGGUGCAGGCAGAGUGGUUUCUGAACCUUUCUACUGCUCUACCUGAACGUUGGGGCACCGAGCUUCCUCGACGUCAGCAGGGCCUCGUGGGCCUCUGUGGCCUGGGAAGGGAGGGUCUCAGGCGCUUGUGAACCCAUCCUGGAGGGAGGACUUCAGCCCUGUAGAAGCAGGGAGAAUUCUGUUUCUCCUGCAUCAGGCCCUUCUUUAUCACCCAAGGCAGCAGGCGUGGGGGGCGGGGGGUGUCGGUGUGGGGAACUCUGGUGGUGGAGUUGCUGAAGAUUCUUGCCAGAAUUCAGAAAGAGAAAGUCACUGAGGCUUGGGCCACCUCACUGGGUGGUUGUGAGAACACCAGGUUAAAGUAGCCGAAAGGCCACUGCCGGAGACGGGGCACUGGGUACACACCCCAGGAGGUCAUGUGUUCUAUCAAGCCCACCUGACAACUAGAGGCCCAAGGGCUCUGGCCAGAGCUGGAAUUGUGGUCAUUGCAGAGAAUGAGCGUGAGGAUGACGGGGAGUGGGGGGCCUGUAGCCCUGGCGUGGCGCCCACGUCAUGGGGCAAAGCUGGCUGUGUCCUAGCCCCCCCCCACAACCGCCCCAGUGCUGGGCCUGCCUUCCGAGGCCACUGCCGAUGUACGGGGAAGCCCCUUGGAUUGUCGAGGCAGCCCUGGCAUCCACCACUCUCUGGCGUGGUCUUCCUUCCAAGGCCUGGGGCAGCAGUGUUGGGGGUCCCGGAGCAGGUGGGGAGAUAGUGCCUUCUUUGCCUUUUCUGGUGCCUUUCUGGUACUGCUGGCAGUAAGCAGCUGGAAGGACCAGCAGGUGGCACUGGGCUCAUGCGGGUGGUGACUGGGACCCUGGCUAUGGAACAGCAAGGGCUCAGGACGAGCCGGGAUGCUGGACGAGCCGGGAUGCUGGACAAGCCGGUAUGCUGGACUCUGCUGCCCGCUGCUGGGGAACAUUCUUCACCACCUGCAUCUUAGGGCUUCACCCGUCCAUGCUCUGCUUGUCACCUGCUGGACUGCUCUGGGUGAGGUGCUGUGACCUCCCUGUGGCCGAUGCUGGUGGCCUGGCUGGUAGUUCACCCACCUGCCCUUUUAGUGCCUGUUUCUGAGCUCCUGGGUGCCCACUGCCCCCACCCCCAGUCCUGGACUCUCCGUGCUGGCUCCUUUCCCGGCCGCUGUGGGCCGGUGCCUGGCCUGGGCCGCCUCACUGAGUCUCAUGGCUCCACCAGCCACCCAGGGCUGCCCUCCUGAGUCUCGGCCGCCACCACUGCAGCUGCCACCCGCCACUCCUGUGUUCACACACAACGCAUCCCAAACUGAUCUCCUGUGUCCUAGCUCCAAAAUGCACUUGCCCACGGCCCCCCAUCUCCUCAGAGCAGUGCCAUCCUUUUGGGGUCUUGGCGUAGACUCCUCCCUUGUCCCCGUCCUCCGUCCAUCAGAAAGGCAGAAAGGCCCUGGCUCUGCAGCCCCCUCCCUUCCCCCAACCCCGGGCAUGGCAGCCAGAGUGGUCCUUUCCAACGCCAGUGCUGCUUUCCACAAAAACCUAGAGAGGACUCCCAGUUUCCUGCCAUGGAGACACGGAGAGCUCAUCAGGCCCUGGGCCCUCAGUGUCUGGCCCACCCCUCACUCCAGCCUGUGGACCACGCUGGCGCAGCCCCGCUCUGCGCUCCCAGGACACCAGCACCUCCUGCAGGAUCAUGAGCACCAGGGCAAGACCGGCGGAGCUGACCCAGCACCCAGAACAGAGCUGGCACAAGGAAGGCCCUACUGGUGGCACUCCCUCAGGCCAGCCCACCUGGGGAGCAGCCACCUCCAGCCUCCAGACCCAACCCGGGCUCUGCCUUCCGUGCCUCCCCACAAGGAGAGCAGAGCCAUGGCCCUCUGCCGGGGAUGGGAGUGCAAGAUUAGGCCGGACUCGACGAGGCCUUUCUCCACUCUCUCCCUGGAGCCCCAGCAGCGGGGCCUGCUCCCGUGUCUGCCACCACUCACGCUGUGGGGAGGCUCCCAGCACAGACCCUGCGCAGGGCCCUGGCGCCCCCUAGUGGAGCUGCCCACACAUCUGCUUCAGCUUCUGCCACCCGAAGCACUAGGCUGGCCCUUGUCCCCUGCCCUGGGAGAGACCCAAGCACAGAGGGCGUCUCCAGCCAGAAGUCACAGCCACUGUCACCAGAAUGGUCACCACCCUGGGGGGUGCGGGGGGGAGGGCGGGGCCUGGCGCUGACACCCCCCUCCC